UCCAUCACGAUCUAGUGCUGGAGAGCAGACAGACGCCACAUAGAGUUCAUACUUCUUCCUCUAGCUCUAGCAGCCCACAACCCACGUGUAACCACCAUUAUUUUCCAUCCCAAUCCCACCACACUCAGGGAACAGCAGCCAUGCCUUUCGGGAACAGUCACAACCAGCUGAAGAUGAAGUAUUCCUCUGAGCAGGAAUAUCCCGACCUCAGCAAGCACAACAACCAUAUGGCCAAGGUUCUCACACCGGUGCUAUAUGAGAAGUUGCGCUCCAAACAGACACCCAGCGGGUUUACACUGGAUGAUGUAAUCCAGACCGGGGUAGAUAACCCAGGCCACCCCUUCAUUAUGACUGUGGGUUGUGUGGCUGGGGAUGAGGAGACCUAUGAGGUGUUCAAGGAGCUGCUGGACCCUGUUAUUCAGGACAGACAUGGAGGAUACAAACCCACAGACAAACACAAGACCGACCUCAAUCCCAAUAACCUCAAGGGCGGUGAUGAUCUGGAUGCCAACUACGUGUUGAGCUCUCGUGUCAGAACAGGCAGGAGUAUCCGCGGAUUAGGCCUGCCGCCCCACUGCAGUCGUGGGGAGAGAAGAGCUGUUGAGAAGCUCUCAGUGGAAGCUCUGGGUGCCCUGACUGGGGAUCUCAAAGGAAAAUAUUACGCCCUGAAAAACAUGACAGAGGCUGAGCAGCAGCAGCUCAUCGAUGACCAUUUCCUGUUUGACAAGCCUGUGUCUCCCCUGCUGUUGGCCUCAGGGAUGGCUCGUGAUUGGCCUGACGCCAGGGGCAUCUGGCACAAUGAUAACAAGACAUUCCUUGUGUGGGUGAAUGAGGAGGACCACCUGCGUGUCAUCUCCAUGCAGAAAGGUGGCAACAUGAAGGAGGUCUUCAACCGUUUCUGCACCGGUCUCUCUAAGGUAUUACAUCACUGUGAUACUAAAAGCCCAUCCACACCAAGAACGAUAACUAUAUUAGUGCCCACACUAAUGCACAAUAAUGUUCUGUUUAUUAUAAGCGUGAUGCAGUUAUGCAGCUUUAAUAUCUCAAACUCUUUAAUAUCUCAAGUGGAUUCUGAUUGGCUGUCAAAGUUUUUAUCAUUCAUGAGCUGGAAAAAGUUCUGAAAGUGAUAGUAGCUA